UCACCCGCACCGUAAACAUGUCGCAGAUGGGCCGCGCCGUCAAGAACCUGGAACCGCCACGUCCGUUGAAAUCAACACUAAAGCAGUCCCACGUGCAUCUGCCGGUUUAUGAAGUUCAAUCAAUCGAAGAACUCAUAACGCUGACGGAAAAUGUGGCCGCUAGCCUAGCAAAUGGCUGCAACAAUGCGGACGGAGUGAACGCACUGCUCGCCAAUCUGCGACUGCACGGACCACAGCUCGAGAACGUAUCGAAGGAUACGCUGGACCGUGCUUUGGUCAUCUUUCGCAAUGCAUCACAGGACGAGCGGCUGAACAUAAUGACGCGAUUGAAUCUGUUACAGUUAAUAGAGCUGCGCGCCAAAUCCUGGCAGGUUUCCGAUGGUGCAAACACCUACUACAAACACAAAGCUACAAAUGUGGAGCCUGACAUUUUGGCCGACCCGAACCUGCUGGGAUCCUCCCCGCCGAUGGGCCAAGCUGUGCCCGCGCUGGCACCGGGCGAGCUGAUACGGACCUCCGGUAAAUUCCCGAAACCGACAAAGAUACCCGGCAAAACGUACUGCAAGGACGAGAUCGUGAUUCGCAAUGCCGAUUCUGGAAAAGUAAUGGGAAUCAAGGGACGUAGAGUUCAUAUGAUUGAAGAACUGUCGGAAACUGUUAUUUCGUUCCAAAGAGUGGCUACCGGGGCAAAAGAACGGCUUGUUCAAAUAACUGGUCCUAACGAGGAGAAAAUCAAUUAUGCAAAACAGCUGAUUGAAGACACUAUUCGUCGCAACGCGUCCCCGGUACGUUUGGACAAUUCCCAGGACGGCUCCUGCAGUUCUCUAGCGUCAUCCGGUUCGGAUGAAACGGUCCCGAGAAAGGAGACAGGAUCGAACGCAAGAAGCGCCCUAGUUGGGGCCAUGGCAGCAGAAAUGGCAGCUAACAAUGGUGCUGGUACUACGAACGGAUUGGGCGCCUUCAUGGCCAACCAGCAAUCUGCGGUUCCGGGUUCGGGACCGGGAACGCUCAGCCUGAAUCUCAGUGGUUACUCCCAGACGCCACCGGCUUCCUACACGCAUCCGAAGCUUACACGCAACGGAUCUCAAAACAGUGGCCAGCAACGUAACAGUGCCGGCAACGGAGGUAUGUUGCUGCACAGCUUCUCCACGAACGAUGCGUCACUGGGCGAGUACAAGUAUACGGUGAACGUGGGUCAGCAUAACCUUAAAAUCACUGGCGAUUGUUUGGAGCUUGUGAAGGUAGCCAAACUAGUGCUGGAUGAUUACUUCAGCAGCAACGAAUUUCUGGCCUCGGUAGACAUGUGCUCAAGUUUCGAUCUACCGAACUCGCUUUCCUCGCCGGUGGGAGCAAUGCCUGGCCAACAUUCGCUCAUUACCGGCACACCGUUCGUCGACAGUGGUGUCGGCUUGAACAACAUUGGCGCCACGGUCGGCGAGGUGAGCAACAGCAUCGAGCUGAUGGACGACGAUGUGUUUAUCGUCGAGGCCGGCUAUAAGCCGAACGAAGUGCAGAACAGUGGCAGCAGCAGUACGAUUUCAGCCACCAGCAACAAUGGUCUGAGCCGGUCUCGUCGGAGCCAUUUUUCGCGCAAAGACAGUGCGGGCGAUGGGCUAAAGGAGGCUGCACCGGCCACAGUAAAAUUGGAUUCGAAUGCAGUGAAACGAAUCGAAUAUGAACGGCUGAUUUACUACUCGAAGUCACCCUACUCGUGGGAUUUGCCUGCGGACUGGAAGCGUAUAUGUGAAACUCUUCCUUAUUUGGUUAAGAAUAAGGAUAUCGAAGAUCAAAAAAAUCGUUUUAACGGUGACCAAUUUCUGGAAAUGAAAAAGCAGACAGCAAAGGACAGUAACAGCAGCAGCGUGCUGCAGCAACAGGGAACCAAUAUCCCAGAAGGUGCCGAAGGUGCCGAACAGCAACCGAACAGCAGCAUCAACGAUGGUGCAACGGGUGUCGAAGAAAAUGGACCAGCUGUCGCUCCAUCAACAGCAGCACAACAGAUGGAAAAGAUCAGUGCAUAA